AUGUGGAAUUUUAUUAAUAUAUUAAUAGGAUGUUUUUUAUUUACAUAUAUUAAUGCUACUAAAGGAAAAUUAAAAACAGAAUUAUUAAAUAAUCUUAAUUUAUAUACUAAUAAUCAGGAGGAACAAUUAGAACUUUUUACACCAAAAAUGACAAAUGAUAUUGAAAAAAUUGAAAAUAAUUCAAAAAAAGAUACUUUUAAAAAUCAAAUUGUUAGCAAAGUUUUUAAAUCAAAAGUUAGUGAAUAUAAUGAAAAACUUUUAGUUAAAAAACCUAAAUAUGUAAGAAAUAAAAAUGGUAUACAUAAAAUUAAACAAAGACAAUUAGAUUCAACAUCAAAUUCUGAGUUAGAUGAAAUUAAAAGAUGGAGACAUACAUUUUAUAGAAAUCUUAAAACAAAUCCAACAUUAUUUAGACCACAAAUAAGAAUUGAAAAAGAUGAUUCACAAGUUAAUGUACCAGUUGUUAAAGAAUUUGGAAGAGAUCAUAAAGGAAGAACAAUAAGAUUAUUUGGUGUUGAGGCAAGUGGAUAUAAAUUUAAUAAUACACAAAAUCCACCACCACAAUUUUAUGAUUAUGUACAACAAAAUAAUAAUUUUCCAACAUUAUCACCAGUAGUAUCAAAUCGUAUCUAUCAAGAAAAGUAUGGAAAUGAAUAUUUAUCUCCAAUGAAAAGUAAAACUUUUGAAAAUGAUAAUGAAAAUUUUCAAGUUAAUACAUUACCAUCAUAUAAUAAUAAUCCAAUAUCUAAUUAUAAUCAACAACAAAAUCAAUUUUCUAUUUUAUCACCAGGUUAUAUAAAUAAUAAUAAUAAAUAUGAAUCUAAUUCAAAUCAAUAUAAUCCCUCAACAAUAUCUUAUAAUGUUUAUCCAAAUAAUAAUAAUAAUUAUUAUACAACAACUCCUUCAUCAUAUAUAGAACAAAAAAAUAAUUUUUUUACAACAAUUCAACCAUAUAUUAAUCAACAACAAUCAAUUUAUACAAUUUCAUCUACACCAAGUAAUUAUUAUAGUAUUGAUAAUUAUCAACAACAACAAAUUGUUGGUUUAAAUAAAUAUACAAAUGAAAUAAUUAAUUGUCCUAGUGGUACAAAACCAUCUUCUUAUAAUCCAAAAAUGUGUGAACAAAUAUUAUUAACACCAUCAAUGGAUCUUUCAACACAACCUAUUGGUAUACCAGAAGUUUCACAAGAAGAUAUUAUUAAUGCAAAACCAGAUGAAAAUAUAGAAAAAUGUAAUAAUCCAAAGAUGCAAGAAAUUAUUGAAGAGACUAUUAUAACAAAUGAUGCUGAUAAAAGUAAAAGGGCAAUACAAGAAAGAUUAGAAAGUGAAUUUAAUGGAUAUUUUAAUGUUAUAUGUGGUACAGGAUUUUUUAGUUAUAUAGCACAUACAGAUGAUUUUUGUCAAGUGUCAGGUGGUGGACUUAAUUGUUAUAUUUUUUCACCAGUUUGUCAAAAAAUUCAAACAUCACAUUUUUAUUCAUAUCCAGGAACAAAAAAUAAAAAAAAAAAGUAUAAUGUUAUUCAUAAGGGAAAAGUUUAUUUAAAUAGAAAUUAA